AUGGCCUCCGUCUCACUCUCAACGCGUAAGGUCAACACGGGUCUUCCCAACACAAGCAUCAACAAGUGCAGAUACAAGACUGGCAAAUGCAAUCACAUGCGAUCCAGUAAGCGCAAUGGUCAGCUGCAUCAGCUGUGCCUAUUUCAUCGAAACAAGGCCAACAUGAUUCAGCGUAGAUUUGACCGCCAAAAACGCAGAGCCGCACGCGCCAAAUUUGUUCGUGACCGACACAACCCCGCCUCUCCAACUUCUGUAUCAAUGCUAGCAUCAGCAAAUCCUGCCGAGUCACCAACUGGGUCCACCUCCUCAAUGUCGUCAUAUAUCGCUUACUCUUCUUGUAAUUCGAGUGAUGUCAAUAUUUCAUCUGAUUCGAAGAAAAUAUGGGUGGAAUUGACUCAUGUUGGCUCGGCUUCUGCUAGCAAAUACUUUGACAUGCCUUUACCUUCAAGUUGUCAUCAGAGUUACAUGUCGUGUGAUGAAAUUGCCUUCCUGUGCGCUGCCAUCCUUGAGUGA